AUGAGACUUUUACCAUUUUUUCUCGCGCUUGUGUCAGCUGGAACUGUUGACGUAACAAAAUUUGUGACAAAGACGAACACAUGGACUUGCAGAGCUUGUUUCAAUGUCAGACUGCAGUUUGGCUUUAGUCAGGCUGGAAUCAAAAGCUGGAACUCAAAAACCGCUUGGAUCGAAAUCGGCCUCUCGAACGAAGUCGGUUUCAUCAAAACUGAAGGAAUUGUCAAAAAAGUCGAUGGCAACAUGAAAACCUACAAGUUCACCUUCAUUCCCCACUUCAAUCCUGGCGACAAGCGAAUCGAUUUCAACACUGAAUUCCGAGAAUUGAUGGCCGCUUUUGGCCAGAAUUUGGGAACAAAGGUUGAACAUGUUUAUGUUCAUGGAGUUGCUACUAACAACAAGACACCACCACCAACUGGAGGCCCAACCACGACAACCACCACCACCACAACUCCCCCUCCCCUCUCUUUCUGCGGCAUGGACAUCACUGAAGCCCACCCAACCGAAGAAAAGGGCUCCUGGGCCUGCGAUUCCGACAAGGAUGAGAAGCGACAAGUCCGCUGCAAAUUCCAGUGCUUCGAUGGAUUCAAGCCUUUUGCCAUUUCAACUUGUCUUCGACGUGAACGUGGAAAUGAGUGGUCCAAAGUCAGACGUGGCAAGCUCGACUGUACUACUUGUGCUCAAAACACGUUGGAGGAGAUGUACACCAUCAAAGGCGGAUCCUUCAAGUGCAACUUGGAAUACGACGCCGGAACUGCCAUCCUCCGACGCGGCGGUGACGGUGGUCGAGUUCGAAGCUGCUCCCCAAAAUGCAACAAACCCAACCCAGACAUUGAUGGAAAGAUCGUCUUUCGAUGCCGAAACAACAAAGGAUGGCGCUUGUCCCAAGGCUCCGUCGACGGAAACGUCAUUAACUGUAAAUAA